GCACAAGAAACACAAAAACACACAAGAGCCCUAGAGAAGCUUAUGUGAUGCUUGCGUGGAAAGGUCACUCCACGUGGCAGGCAAGCAUAAAACUGCGUGGUGAAAGCGUUUGCCCUAGAAUGGCGAUGGAGCUAGAGUUGAGGCCAGAGCAGCGAGAAUGGUGCCGCCAAGCGUCUCUUCUUCUCAAGAACAAGUCCUCCCACCAGGCGAAGAGCGAAUAUCAGGAGCUCGUCACUCUCCAGGCGCAAGAACUUCUCCAUUCCUCCGCGGCAGAUCACCCUCACUGCCGCAGCGCCACCAGAGUUGUGCUGCAAGGCAGCUCCCCCUCUUUCAUCAACGCGAAUUUCAUCACUUCCAAUGCCAUUUGCGGCGGGCAGCCGGAUUCACCUCUCCAUUUCUGGGAGAUGGUAGUGCAAUGCAACUGUCGCGCGAUCGUCAAGCUCACGGAGGACUUGGCUGGCGAAUACUUUCCACUGAGGCCGGGAGAAUCACAAGUCUAUGGUAGGAUCAAGAUCAUCAACCGGAGCUCCUCGCGCAGCAUUAACGACGUUACGAGGCGGCUUCUCCAAGUGGAGUGCGAUGAUCAAAGCUUCACGCUCGAGCACUGGCAGUACUCGUGGUCCGACUUUGGUGUUCCCAAAAGAAUAGAACCGAUCCAGGAAAUGUUCGCUGCUCUCUACAAGCUCCCGCCGGGCUGCUCCUACUUCAUCCACUGCAGGGCUGGGAUUGGCCGCGCUGGAACAUUUGUCACACUCGAUCACGUACUGAGAAGCAUUCUCAGCGGUGAUCUUAGCGUGGUAAACAUCUCACACACAGUGGCUCGGCUUCGACAGCAGCGGCGUGGAUUGGUGGAGACGGAUGAGCAAUACUGGUUUUGUUUCCGGGCAGUCAUCAAGAUCCUCGAGUUCCUCAUGUUUUCAGCGCAACCAAAGACGGAGGUGAAAUUCUUCGCUGGCACGAGACAAGUCGAGGUGUAACAAAUCAAUUAUGUAAAUUACUGCGGAUGAUAAAAAAAAAAA